UUGAUAGUCUUUACCAGAAUUUGCUUGUUGAUUUGUUGGUCUUCGAUUUCUACAGGCGAGCGCGUUUCGGACGGCAGCAGCACGACACCCGCCAGUCUGGACUCGAAGUCGAAGUCAUUCAGCGACAUGACGACGGCGAUCACCGCUGAAAACCUGACUGACUCGUCGGAGAAUGAGGGCGAAGAAGAGAUUUCAUGUCCGUGCUCCAACCAUGAAGGCCGCGAGAUGCUCAACGACGUGUUUCCGAUGACCGUCGACCAGCUGUUCAUCUGGUUGUUCACCGACUCGAAAUUCUUCCGCAUGGUGCACGAGGUGCGCAAUACCACCAGUAAGCGAGGGCGAUGGCGAGACGGCGCGAAAAUCAGGCAGAUCAGCUAUACGGUAGCUGUUAAUCACGCAUUCGCUCCGAAAAGUGCCGAAGUCGUAGAAAAACAGGAGUGCACGGAUUGCAACAAGUCGGGACAGUACUACGUUGUUCGGUGUGAGGUAACCAAUUACGGCAUUCCUUACUCAGAUACGUUCUUCGUCAUCACCAGCUGGUGUUUGUCACGAGUCUCAUCUGAUCGAUGUCGCCUCCGGAUGCACUGUAAAAUUCAUUACCGGAAGAACUGCUGGGGAAUCAUCAAAAGUACGUCUGGCGAUUAUGCCCGUGAUGCUGUUUCAGCAACAGAGCCGCUGCCCCUUCUGUACGGAUGA